AUGUAUGCAGUAAAUGACGCAGUCGACUCGCUCUUUGAUGAGCCUCAAAUUGCCAUGCGCACUGUGCCACCGAUUCCUGGGCUUUUCGUUCCAUCCAUCAGAUUGCCUCUCGAAUUGGCGAACGACAUCGUUCAGCAGUGCAUGAGCCUCUACUUCGAUGGGCGAGGCAUAAAUCAGAUCAUGCUCUUUGGACGCACAUCAUCCGAGCAUGGUGAGAACAUGGGAAGUGGCUUACCAACGUUCUUGAUCACACUCCUGCACCGCCUAGCUGAUUUGCUGCGUGAUCAUCUACCCGAGCAAGUGCACGGAAUGUUAUUUCCUCCCAAGGAUGCGCCGCAGCGCGCCCGACAGGCAAUUCUGAACCUGUAUCAUCCUGGAGAGGGCAUCUCGCCUCAUGUCGAUCUACUGAAACGAUUCGAUGAUGGAAUCAUAGGUGUGAGCUUUGGAAGCGGAUGCGUGAUGAGCUUUGAGCGGGUUAAGAGUCAAGAGGCGAUGCUGUUUGGAGAGGACGGCGAGGACCGACCGCUGGAUAGGAACCGAUGGGACCUCUAUCUGGAAGAACGCAGUGUCUUGAUCCUAUCGGAGGAUGCUCGCUAUAACUGGACUCAUGGGAUUGAUGGGAGACCGGAGGACUUUGUCAGUGGAGGAAUAGAUGGGCAAGGAGAACCUGAAUGGAUUGAGAGGGGGACGAGAUUGAGUAUUACAUUCAGGUGGCUGUUACCAGGCGCAGAUAUCGUUGGAGGACCAGAUCCGUGA